AUGGUUGGGAGGAAUGAUGCUGCGAUAGCUACUGCUUUGGAAGCAACGGCUCAAGCGUUAGAGAACCAACCGAAUGGUGGUGAGAAUGCUGCUUCUCUGAGUUUGGCUACCUUCCAAAAAGAGAACCCUCAUAAUGUUCAGUAUGGGACUCAUAUGCUAGUAGUUGAGGCAGAUGAUUGGUGGCUAGAGAACCGUAGGAGAUUGGAAGCAAGUGGCGAGGAGAUAUCUUGGAUUGUGUUUCACAUGGAGUUCUUGAGGAAGUACUUUCAUGAAGAUGUCCGUGGCAAGAAGGAAAUUGAACUCCUUGAGCUAAGUGAAAGGAACAAAUCUAUUGUGGAGUAUGCUGCUAAGAUUGGUGAGUUGGAAAAGUUUUACCAACACUAUGAUGGGCCGAAUGGCGAGUUUUCCAAGUGCAUUAAGUUUGAGAAUGGUUUGCGUCAGGCGAUUAAGAAGUUUGGACAUGAAGCACCUGAAUGUAAGCAUAAGGAGAUGGUUUGUUUCAAUUGUGGUGAAGAAGGCCACAUCGGAAGCGAGUGUCGGAAGCCCAAGAAGGAGCAAUCUAUUGGGAAGGUGUUCGCCUUGUUGGGAACUCAGACCACUAGUAAGGAUUCACUCAUCAGAGGUACAUGUCUCAUUAAUAACAUUCCUUUGAUUACUAUUAUUGAUAUCGGUGCUAAGCAAUGCUUUAUAUCUGUUGAUUAUGUUGAAAGAUUGGGUCUUGUGUUAUCUUUCAUGAACGGAGAAAUGGUUGUCAACACACUGGCUAAGGGUUUGGUGACUACUUCUCUUAUGUGUCUAAAGUGUCUCGUGUCAAUUGUGUUGAGAGGUUUAGAUGUGAUUUUGGGGAUGAACUGGUUUUCUUCUCCUGAAGAGGAAAGCUUAGAGUUGUUAUCGUCAAAACAGUUGUGUUUGUUAAUGAAAGAAGAUGUUCAAGUGUUCGCAUUGGUUGCUUCGAUGUCUGUUGAGAAUCAGGUUGUGAUAGAAAGGUUAAAGGUGGUAUGUGAAUUUCUUGAAGUUUUCCCUAAUGAAAUUCCCGAUGUGCCGCCUGAGAGAGAAGCUAAGUUCUCUAUUGAUCUUGUACCUGGUACUAGACAUGUGUCUAUGAAGAUGCAAGAAACAGGUGUUAAGAAGCCAACCGUGGAUAUAAAAUAUGCUGCGAAAUUUGUGCGUAAGGUGGAGACUCGAUUUCAACGUGUUCAGCAGUGUCAUGUUUAUCCAUUGUUUCUGGACAUCCUAAAAUCAUAUACAGAAAACAAAAAAAGUCUUGAUGAUGUCAUUAUGGAGGUUAAUUUUCUUUUCAUAGGCCAUGAUGAUCUGAUUGACGACUUUACUAAUUUUCUUCCUUGAUUGUGCUCGUGAUAUGUAUGAGUUAUUUAAGACAAAUAAUAUUAUUGCAAAUGUUAAAAUUUAG